AUGAUUGCCGAUAAGCUUGACCUCAAGAACCCGCACCGCCGCAUGCGGGUCGGGGUGAUCCUGGUCAACUCGGUCACAGAGAUCCUCGAUGUUGCUACGCUGGACAUCUUCGCAGGCCUCUCGAAGGACUUCACCAACAACUUUCCUUCCGAACUGGUCUCGGACCAGUGGAAGAAGGAAGCUCUUGAUGUUGAGUUCCACUGGGUGAACGAGACGGGCAAAGACGCGACACUGACGGCCGGCAUCACCCUCAAGCCUACCGACUCGUUCGAGACAUGCCCGCCUCUCGACGUUGUCCUCAUGGGCGCCAACGUCAUGGGCUACGUGAUCAACGAGGCCGAAGGCGCAUUCAUACGCAAAGCCUACGACGAGUGCUCGGCGUUCAUCACAGUCUGUGGAGGUGCCAUGUCUGCGCUGCAGGCAGGCAUUCUGCGUGGUCAUACCGCAACAGCGCCACGUCUCGUUGUCGAUGAGCUCCGUAAGACCAAUCCAGAGGUCAACUGGGUGGAGAAGCGUUGGGUGCACGACGGAAAGCUGUGGACGAGCGGUGCUCUGCUGAAUGGAACUGAUUUGAUGCACGCUUUCGCGACUGAACAUUGGGGUGGACCAGGUUCUUAUAUCGAAUGGGGUUUGCAGCUAGGGCAUUAUCCUGCGAGGGACGUUGACUAUGCGGAUGUGUCCCAUAGGCUGUAA